AUGAAGGUGGAAGAAGCUAAUGUGUUUAUAGUUACCCUAUUGGAAGAUUUCGACAAGAAGCAUGAUAAUCCUGAUAACAAAAACUCACUGCAUGAAGAAAAACUCCAACCUGAUAUCGAACCAAAAAAGGAUAAUAAAAAACAAUCAGACAUUAUCAAAAAUCAGUUGAAA